GAAUCCGGAAGUGAUCCCCGAGGACCGAGCCGUGGCUGAGGACUGCGGCUGCAGGGCCAGGUUCGGGACCAUGAGCUGGAUUCCUUUCAAGAUUGGGCAGCCCAAGAAACAGAUCGUCCCCAAAACAGUGGAGAGAGACUUUGAGAGGGAGUAUGGAAAACUCCAGCAGCUGGAGGAGCAGACCAAGAGGCUGCAGAAGGACAUGAAGAAGAGCACAGACGCCGACCUGGCCAUGUCCAAAUCCGCUGUGAAGAUAUCCUUGGACUUGCUCUCCAAUCCCCUCUGCGAGCAAGACCAGGACUUUCUGAACAUGGUGACAGCCCUGGACACGGCCAUGAAGCGGAUGGACGCCUUCAACCAGGAAAAGGUGAACCAGAUACAGAAGACCGUGAUUGAACCCUUAAAAAAGUUUGGCAGUGUCUUCCCGAGCCUCAACAUGGCGGUGAAGCGGCGGGAGCAGGCCCUGCAGGACUACAGGAGGCUGCAGGCCAAGGUGGAGAAGUACGAGGAGAAGGAGAAGACGGGGCCAGUGCUGGCCAAACUCCACCAGGCCCGUGAAGAGCUUCGGCCCGUGCGGGACGACUUCGAGGCCAAGAACAAGCAGCUCCUGGACGAGAUGCCGCGGUUCUACAACAGCCGACUGGACUACUUCCAGCCCAGCUUCGAGUCCCUGAUCCGAGCACAGGUCGUGUACUACUCAGAAAUGCAUCAGAUCUUCGGGGACCUGACCCAGCAGCUUGACCAGCCUGGACACCCUGACGAGCAGCGGGAGCGGGAGAACGAGGCCAGGCUGAGUGAGCUCAGAGCCCUCUCAAUCGUGGCCGAUGAUUGAGCCAGCCCCCUCAGACUCCUGGAACACAAGUCAGCCUCUCUAGUCUUUGCCCUUUUCAAGUUAGGCUCUGACAUCAGCCAGCAAAGGGCCCUUCCCUGGGAGAACUGUGGGGAUCGCGGCGGCUCCCGCUCCGCCUCCCCAGCCCUUGGGGAUGAGCCUGGCACCGGGAGCCCCAGGCAGGCUGCCGUCUCCCCACCCGUAGCAAGAGCCCGCAGACAGGUGAGCAGUGUAGAAAACCCAGGGCUGGCUUAGUUCCUAAAGAACCGUCCAAAGGCCAGAGCGUGGGCUUUGUCAGCUCCCUUGAGGUCUUAGCCUGGCCUGCACGGUUGGGAUCACAUCUACCUCCAAGAGCCACCUUGGGGAGUCACCGGUCUUGUUGCCUUUCCCCCUCAGGCUCACCUUUUCUGGGAGAGAGAGAACCGAGACCCUGCCCUGGGGGACAUGAGAGCUGCGGUCCUCAUUUGGGUCAACUGCAGGGCAGAGCCCCCAGUCUUAGAAAUUCCCUAGGAAACUGGGACUCGAACGCAUGUAAAUAUCCUAUCACACAAAAUGUCACAGGCCUCAGAGCAAGAACAGUGGGUUUGUGUCUCACCUGAAUAUUUGGAAUUUUAUUUUUCCAAGUUGAGAGUUUUCAAUAAAAUUUCCAUGUAUUAUUGUGCUGUAACUAAGGAGAGGGGGGAAGAGCCGCCCUGGGUCUUUCUCAGGGUUCGGCUGUCCCCUGCUGAGCUGGCAAGAUCCCGCAGCACCCCCUCUCCUGACCAGCAGGCAGCGGAGCCCAGAGCUGCCCCCCACCCUCUGGAGGUGACACCUCAGUCCAGCAGAGGCUGGGCUGAGGGCCGGGAGGAGUAGGGGCAGCACAGGCAGACCUAGAAGAGGAGCAAGGGAGAGCUACGGAGGACACUUGGUUUGUUUUUGACUUUGGUUUAUUUAAAAAACAAAAAGCCAAAAAAAAAAAAACAACUUUAUAUACAAAGUCAAACUGAAACACGGAUUAUGGAAAGAGGUGAGACUUAUGGGGAACAGGGAAGAAGGCUGGGCCAGAGCCAAUACCACAUUCUGAACACGGGGAGCCAGGGAAGGAGGUGCUGGUUUCUUCUGGCAAGUCUGGGGUGCUGGAACACGGUGUUCACGGGCAAACACGGCCCAACACGAGCGCUCGCCGGCGCUGACUCCGUUCCCAUAAGGGCCAAGGGGACCCUCCCCCAGAACCUGCUCCUAUAACCCGGCAGGGUUUGUGCCAUCCCGGGGAAGGGGCUCCUGCCCCCAGCCAGCUUCCACGCCUGUUUCUUCCGUUUAUUGGCAUCAGACCUACGACAGACUUGAAAAGCCUUUUCCUCCCCUGUCUUAGUCUAAACUGGAAGAGGACAGGAGAAAGUCAGCAGAAGACGAAAGGGCCCUAGGAGGAAUCCCCAGGUAGGAGCAAAAUGACAUUCGAGGGGUGCAGAAGAUGUUGGAUUUAGUUGCAAGUGGAACCGGCUUCCUCACACAUCCGUCCCACACGGCACAGACAGACCCCACCCUGGUGGCCUGAGCUCCUCCACAGAGGCCGAGCACAGGGGUCAGCCACCCCUGCCUAUGGCUCCCAGGUCCUGCUCCAGCUCCCUUCUGGAACCACCAGGACUCUAAGUUCAGCAGGCUCCAUCGCUGACCUCACAGGACGCCAGCUCCUGCACCAGGCCCCUCAGAUGCUAGGUGCUGGCUCCUCCUUCUCUACCCAGCUGUCCGCCUGUUUGAAACAGAUGUAACAGGAAUCAGGACUCGGGAGGAAGGGGCACCAUCCGAGGAUUACCAGCCACUCCCAUCUGGGAGACUCCAGUUUGCAGGCUGCUGACAGGUCGCUUCCACAAGAAACGUAGCAGAUGGCAGAGAAGAGGAGGGCAAGGUGAACCCGGGCAAGGCCAGAAGGGGCGGCUGUGCUGGCAGUCCCGACCCAGCCUCCCAACACGACCCGGCUCUCCCGAGGGGCUCACCUUUUCAACCAUCCGCUGCACCUCAAGCUGCAGGGGGGUCAGGCGCCUUCGGAACUCCUGCAGCAGCCGCUGAAGCUGGUUCUUCUGUCGCUCCACUGUCCGGGCCGUCUCCUCGGCCUCUGCCAGCCGGGUUCGCAGCUCCUGCAUUUCUGCUGCCAGUGUCUUAUUCGUUACUUCAGUGGCUGAGAAACGGUUAUGGCUCUCCUCUGGUGGGGGAAGACGGGAAAGACUGCCCUAAGCUGGGGGUGGGAGCCUGAGGCAAGGACUGAAGCCCAAGGGCCGGCGCGGCUCAGCCGCAGCAGGUGCCCGCACCACGGGCCGCUCACCCAGCUUCAGCUCCAGCGUGUGGAUCUUGUUCUCCAGGUAGAGCCGCCCGCUGUCCUGCUGCUCCGCGCGCUGCAGCAGGUUCCCCACGUCGAUGAGGCUGCCGUUGUGGGACACCAGGCCCUGGUGCUCCACGGGGGCAGCAGCCAGCUUUGUGCUCUUCCCGGGAGGAGGUAGCAGGUCCAGGUUUCCUGGAAGGGCCAUGGAAACACUCAGGUAAAGGGUCCCUGGAGAAAGCGGCCUGCCCUGCGGUCCCCAGAAGAUUGCCGAGUGUGGUACGCACCGAAGAGCGCCUCCUCGGGGAGCCCUCCGUCCGGGCCCUCCGGGCGGCUGUACUGCAGGCUCCGGUACUGGCAGAUGUUCUGGGUCACCACCCUGCUGACCAGCUGCUUGGCCUGCAGGAAACACACCCAGGAGGCCCACAGAUGAGGAUGGAUGAGCUCCCCACAUGACAUGCAAGAACCUAGAAGCACAGCAUCCCGAGCCGUGCCUGCGCACACAGACAUCAGGAGGCAUCUGAGGGAGGACUGGGGGCACAGCAAAGCACCUGCUCCGCACUGAGCCGCAGCCCAAGGGUAAGCAGGAUCCUCUCCAAGUCUCGCCGGUGCAAGUAGCCACACCAGUUGGCAUCAAAGAAGACAAAAGCAAGAAGGCAGUCCAGAGGCAGCACGGCAGAGGGGUCCAGCUCCUUGGGCUGCAAGAGAAACAAAGAUGAGCAGGACUUACAAACAGUUCUCUUGAUGGCUACGCCCACCCAGGAUGAAGCCCUCUUAAAAUCAAGCAGCUGGGGCGACCCCGCCCUGACCCUGGGCCAGGCAGGCCUCCGGGCCCAUAACCAAAGGUCCCCCUGGGGCACUAUGACCCCAGGGGCUGUCACACACAGAGGGAGUGUGUGUGCUCCGAGGUCAGACACCGCACUCAGAUCGCCCUGAUGGAGACACUGAAGUGUUCUCCAAAAGUGCCACCCAGGAGCCAAGAACCACGUUUUGUCUUCUGUCAAUCAAGAUGCCAGGAGUCAUUUGGUAAAAGCGUCCCUCCCCCAGCAGUGAGCCGGAGGUCUGCUAACCCCCUGCUGCUGAAGCCCGGGGUGGGAGUGGGGGGCACGGAAGAGGCCUCACCAUGUCCUGAAGGGAAGAGAACUCCACUUCUGACUGGUUUGAGGUGACCGACCGGACUUCAGAAUCCUCCAGCUUGGCUCCUGCUACAGAAGGCCUGAGAUGAGCUUGGAGCAGAGACCACACAGGCCCAAACUGGCCCCACAGUCAGAACGGGGGAGCUGCAGCCCGAGAGCCAGAAGCCGCACGUACCAAACUCCUCCUCCCCGUCAUCCCGCAGAAGCAGCAGUUCUGGGUCGAGGGCCAUCUCACAGAGGUCCUCGGACGCCUCACCCCGGGCUUUCUCCUCCUCUUCUCCCCCAGAGGAGGGGGGUUUGGGCAGAAGGCCAUCUUCCUUCUAGGAGAAGCAGGCCAAGAUGAGGAGAGUGGCCCCGUGAUUACUAACAAUAACAAUGGUUAACACUUGAGUACCAGCUGUGUUCAGGCACUGCAUUAAAGGCUCGUAUGCCUCAUUUAACGUACUUCACUACAUGGGGGGUGCAGCAGACCAGGGUGAGCCCCAGACACCUGGGACUUUCCUCAGGAGUCAGUCUCAGUCCCAUAAGAAAUGGUUUACUUGACAAUAUUUGGGCAAGAAGCAGACCCGUGUACAUUAGAAAUGGCUAAGAAAAUGCAGUGUUCCAGUUAACUGUCAGAUGAUCGGAGCACCGUACCGCCCGGAGCACGGCUGUGAACAGAGGCAGACACCUGUGUUGCCCCGGCAUCACUCCUCCAGGCCCGCCCCCUUCUCCCGGGGACCCACUCUCAGGCUGUGUGGCCACGUGGGAGAGUUAAGUGCCCUAUACCAGGGUCACACCAGGGUCAUGAGGCGUGGGCAGUGAGGUGGGGGUAAUUAGAGGAGACCCGCACGGCGCCCACAUGGCCCUCCAGCUCUGCUCGGCGCUUCUGUGUGCGGCCCGUGCCCACGUCGGGUGGCGGAGGUACUCACCAGCGGGGCGUCUGACGCGGCAGCUGUGCCCUCACUCUGUACCUCAUCCUUGGACUCCUUGGCCUCUUCCUUGACAGCUUCUUCCUCCUUGGCCGCCUCCUCCUUCUCAGGUUCAGAGGGGGCCACGACCUUUUCAGGAAGGCUCAGCAGUGUCUUAUAAAUCCUGUAGCCAAAAUCCCUCUGCAGCAGCUCCAGAAACAGCUCAGCCAACACCGUCACCUGGUGAACAAGUGGCAGGGGCCACGAGCAUCAAAAAACAGAGCAUUCCAAACCCCGCCACCCCACAUGCCCUGCCCCACAGCCCCUGGACUCCUACACAUACCUCAAAAGAGAUCCUUUCUUUGGGCCUCCGGUCCUCCACAAUACCGUGGAGGGACAAGUUCACACAGCCAGGCCGUGCCACAACAGCAGGCUCCAGGGGGGGUGGCGGGGCCUCUGGGAGAUCCGUGUCCAUCUCCUGCUGUGCAGUGGCCUCUGGGGUCUCUGCAUUCUGUCUGGGGGUGUCUGCCGCUGGCUCCGGUGCGUCAGUGGCCUGCUCGGUGGACUCUGCUUCCUGUGACAGAAGUCAGGAGCUGGGACCACCUGGGUCCAGGGGUUAGGGCACCUAAUUCCCCCACGUGUUCAUAAGCCUCGGCCUCACCACGGGCACCUCUUGGGGUGGGGGAGCUGCCUCUGCAGCUUUCUGCUGGCACAGGGCCUCCCACUCUUCCAGGGUAGGCAUGAUGGUCCAGACGUCCGGCAGGUACACCACCACAGUCUGGAGUCGCCGCGGGGGUCCCGGCUGCAGGUACUGGAAUUCAGCAAAGCGCCACCUGCUCACAGCAAAAGGGAAAGUGAAGGACUGACUCAUGGCCUUCCCUUCGCAAGCAGAUGCUUCAGUUCCCGAUCAGCGAUUAAUGAAUACACACUGCGUGCCAAGCUCUGAAAGUACAAAAAUGAAAGAUACAGACCAAGUCCUCAAGAAAUGGUUCGUCACUGGGGAGACACAAUAAGCAGAAGCUUACUAUCCGGGGUGCUAUGGCCACAAGGAGGAGCACGGAAUGUGACUGGGGAACCACACCUAGUGAGCCUUGGAGGCUCCGCUAACUUCAACAGGCAUACGCAUCCCUAGCGGUGCUCACGACCACAGCGACCGCUGUGAGGGCUGGGGCUCGGGAACCGGAGAAAACUAACAGGUCAGAAAGGCGCAGGAGCUCGGCCUCCUGACGGGUCUCGCUGACGCAGCGGGCGGGCCGCAGGCGGAGCUCGGGCGGCCACUCACCACUUGGUGCAGGCGCUCAAGUCGAUGCCGGCCUGGGCCUGUGCGCAGCGGACGGCGGUGCGCACUAGCACCUGCGGGUCGCCCUCGGGGUCGAGGCCGUCCCGGGAGGGAGACCACUCGCCUCCAACCAGCACCGCCUCCUCUUCUUUCCGGCCCAGCAAAAACUGCAAAAAGAGACCAGGGAUGUUACCUGGGUCUCCCACUGGGAGGCAACCUGCCACCGUGGGGAAGUGAAGGCAGCAGGAUGUGAAGAGUCUGCCAUCCGGGGAGGGUGGGGGAGUCUCUACCCAUGGACAUGAACCACCCAUAACUGACAUGUAGGAACAUCUCUGAGCCACGCUGUCCUCUGGUGAAAUGAGUGGCAUUUUAGCUGAUAAUCCAUUUCUAUGAGUUCAUUAACAGGAGCUGGAGCUGCUGAAAAUCUGACUGGGACUGAAUAUUGUCAAUGAAUGCAUCCGGCCUCCUGGAUUCAGCUCUUACCUUAAUCUGCUUCAAAGGAUGUUCCGGUGUCUCCCUUGGCUCAGCCAUGUCAUCCACAAAGAGCAUGCAACAACGAUACAGUUCCUCCAGGCCCGGGGAAGACAGCAGCAGUACCUGUGCAGGGGCAGCGUGAAGGAGACCCUGGAGCGCUUUCUCAGCCUCCAGCAAUCGGAUAAAGCAGCAGGACCCCCAGCCGCCUUACCUUGGAACUGUAAGCGGGGUCACUGUCUGCGGGGAUGGGCUCAGCGCCAGCGUCUGGAGCUGGCUCCUUCUCAGAAGACACCUGGAUGCGGCUUGGAUGAUGGAGGGAAAAGGGCUGGCUCAGAGGGAAGGCCGACAGCCAGCUCAGAUGCACGGCCAGAAAAUCUGAGGGAACCAGGAGGCUGCGGUAACGGCGCUGGAGUUCUAAGAAGUCACAGGUGGGGCUGUAGGAAGAAAGCAAGGAAUUCCAGAUUAAGCAAAGACUAAAUUAUUCUUUAAAUGGAAACACAGAAGACUUGAAAGAAAAGGGGAGCAAAUUUUUUUAUGACCUGAGAAAGGGAAAAUUUCCAAGACAGACACCUGAAAGGACAAAGAUGGAUUAGAUUUGAUCACUAAAAUGUUACAACCUCUAAUGGCAAAGUAAGUCAAACUGGGAAAGAAAAAGACAUGUGCAGUAUGUGACAGAGAAAAGGGUCACUGUCUUAAUAUAAAAGGAACCCACAAACCACUAACAAAGUUCACAAGUCGAAGAGAAAACUGGUACCAACAAAUACUCAGAAAAGAAAUGAGACUUAAAAGCUCAUGAAAAUAUGCUCAGUCUCACUCCUAAUUAAAGAAAUGCAAAUCAGAAUGUCAUUUUUCACCCAUCAGACUAACAGAGAUCACAAGGCUGGGUGACAGUGUUGGCAAAGCCCUGGGGGAGCAGGGACCACAGGCCCCUCGUGAGAAGGUAAACGGACAGAGCCCCUGAGAGACGGCCAACCUGCCGGGUGGAAGUCAGACCUGUGAGCCGGCUACUCCGUUUCUGGGAACUGAGCCGACAGAAUGCUUGUCCACACAGACAUAUAGAGGUGGAUGUUUAUUACAGUAUUUAGGAUCAUUAAAGACUAAAAAAUGGAGAGCUGGUUAAAUCAAUUCUGGUCCAUCCACUUCGUGGAAUACCAUGUAGCUGCUAAAAAGAAUGAGAUCAAUCUAAUAAAUGUUAAUAUGGAAUAAAUGCCAACAUAUGUGAAAAAGUAAAGUACCAAACAGUAUGUACAACACGCUUCCAUUUGUGUUUUAAAAAACACAGCUGUGUGUGUGGCUACUUGUUAGCAGUCACGUUCUGACCACAUGAGGUGGCUCUGUAUUCACCGCUCCAGGGGUGACAGUGUACGGCCCAGUGUCUUAGGUUAACCAUGGCAGGCAGGUGGGUCAGCACGGAGGGCAGGAGAGGCCCGGCCUGGGGAGAGGAACCAGUGACACAGGGAAGAGCAGUGAUGGCCCUCCUUCCCUCCCAUCUUGCAGCAGCUGGAGCCCUGCCUCUCCCCUGCUAGACGGACUCUGGAACCGCUCCUCUACCUCUCGGUCAGUCCCUGCGUCUGAGGAGCUAGCCUGUGGGCCGGCGGCUUCACAUGUGCUGCAGCACUUACGCACUAAUUCCGAGCUCCCCUGGAAAGCCAGUCCCAGGCUCCGAGGAGCACAGUUUCUAUCUGAUUUGUAACUGGUAUUGUGUACCUGGAUUUUGACUGGUAAGCUUUCACUAUUGAGUGGCAUAACAAUUUCUGGUGAUCAAAUCAUUAACUUCUAUCAGGGCACCCAUGUCAGUGGUGCCAGCUGGUCAAAAUUUGAGACUUUGAAACAAAUCUAUCACAUUAAAAAAACAAACAAAAACAAAAAUAAACAAAAGGUAGUAAGAACACACUCAACUCACUCACUCCCAAACAGACUAAGCUCAUUUACAUAAGUAACUGUUACCAGCUGCAAGUCCUACCCCACCCCCCAGACUCGCCACUGACCUGUCCACAGUAUAGGGAGUGAGAUGGACUCGGUAGGGAGGCAGGUCAUGCCUUGGCUUCUUAGCGCCCCAAGGCUCUCCACCAGCCCGCUGUUUGCGUUUCUUGGAGUCAUAGUCAUCGCUGGAGAUUGAUCCAUCACCAGAAGGAAGAAACCAUACUGUUACAUACAGAUUCAGUACAUACUGGCCCAAAAAGAACUGGAAACAAUCUGAAUUCCCAACAUUAAAGAAAUGAAUGAAGAAGCCGUGCUAACAACCAUGUAAGAGAUUGUUAUAAAAGACAUUAAAAAGGAUAUUUAAAUGCUUUUAAUAACGUAGAAAACCACUCAUGUUAAACAAAAAGAAUAGUCUGCAACAGUAUAUAUACAGUAAUGCCUCAAAUGUGCAAAAAAAGCUUUAAAAGACUGAACAGAAAUAAAAUAUAAAUGGUGGAUACCUCUGACUGAUAAAGCUUAUGAAUAAUUUUCUUUUUUAUAUUUUAAUGAACUUUAUAAAUUAUAGUUAAUGUGUAACUUUUUGAAAUGACAAAAAAUUCAACUGAUUUUUUUAAACAAGAUAUAUAUAUAUAUAUAUAUAUAGUACAAUGCUAUGGGUUCUAUCAAGUAAGUUUUACUAGGAGACAGUUCUUUUAACAAACCCUUAGCAAUACACAUUAAAGUCAUAAAAAUAUUCCAACCCUUUGAUCCAGUAAUUUCACUCUUAAAAGAUUUAUCCCAAGGAAGUUAAUUCAAAAGAAGAAAAAAAGCUUAUAUAUAGUAGAAAAAAACUGUUGCUAAGAGUAAGAAAACCACAUGUACACCUAGCGAUGCUGAAUUUUUAUAGUAAAUAAGUACAACCAUCAUACAGCCAUUAAAACAAUCAUGAGGAUUACGCUGCAGUAGGGAACAGAUGUUCAAUAAGAAUGUAUAAAAAAAUCUAAACUAAGAUUAAAAUUAUAAAAAGCUGGGGGAGGGUAUAGCUCAGUUGGUAGAGUGCUUGCUUUGCAUGCACAACGUCCUGGGUUCAAUCCCCAGUACCUCCAUUAAAAUAAUAAAUAAGUAAAUAAAUAAAAAUCUAAUUAUUCCCUCAAAAUAAAAAAGACAGAAAUUAUAAAAAUUAUGCAUAUGUAAAGACUAGAAAAGAACAUGGGGGAAAAAGUGGCAGAAAGUAGUUUUGCUUUUCAAAAUUAUUUUCAAAAGGUCUUUAAGAAUGGUUACCUUGGGGAUUGGGGGGAGGAUAAGGGUAGGGGAUUAAGAGGAACAAACUACUAUCUACAAAAUAAAUAAGACACAAAGGUGUAACACACAGCACAGGGAAUAUAGCCAACAUUUUAUAAAAACCUUCAAAGAAGUAUAAUCUGUAAAAAUACUGAAUCACCAUGUUGUACACCCAAAACUACUAUAAUAUUGUAAGUUGACUGUACUGUAAUAAAAAAAAUUUUAAUGGUUACCUUUAAAGGGAAAGAAGGAAUGAUAUUUUUAUAGUAUUCUAACUUUAUAUAACAGCAUGACGGCAUGCACUACUUCAUAUAUUUUUGUAAUAAAUCACAUCACAGUAUCACUAUGUUACAGGUGCAAUAAAUUAAAAAAAGCAGAAGAGGAAAAAAACCUUUAGACCAUUAGAAAAUGCCAGGCUGGUAAGGAGGGAAGAAACCCACGUCUCACAAGAGAAAUAAAAUGAACCGUCAAGCCUUCCUGCUGAGGCGGUGUCGAGCUGCUGAUACUCACCAGAAGGUCCCUGCUCUUUCCCAUUAGACCCGCCUGGGUUGCUCCCUAGUCAUUACACCCCCGAGUAACUAAACUGAUUACAUUUAACAUGAAGUUUUCUUCUCUUCUAUCUGCCUGGGUAAUGUCGUCGUUCAUUAGCAUCUCCCCCAAAAGCUGCCUCUAAUCCUGCCCUGGUGGGAUGGCAGUGCCUCCAUGUCUCCAACGGAAGAACUGUUCUAGAGUCAUCUGGACAGCUCUUCAGCUCAGCCAGGACUGCCGUGAAGUCUUCGACUUACAGUGGCUGCCCCACUGAACCCUGUGUACUCAGGAGCCAGUCUUCUCCCCUUACCGUGAAUUGUCAGGAACAGGUUAAGGCAUGACCAGUGGGCGACCCCAGUACCCUCAGGAGGGCACCGAGAUGGUACAUCCAGCUGAGUACACCUGUUUGCAAACCUCAGUGGUUCACCUGUAGCCAUCCAGUGGAGACACUGUCCCCUGCAUCCCAAGACCCGACGUUCAAAAUAAAACUUGGCUUCCAGUCAAAUGCUAACAUGGCCAGCUCCAUGAUAAACUGUCACUCCCCAACAGGGUGACCUCAUCCUACUGCCCCUUUUCCUACUCUGCAAAUUCUCUCUACUGACUGAUGGUGGUAACUCCCUCCUGAUAGUCAUGUCUCCUUUCUCUAGAAGCCCUGAAAACCAAAGCAUUAAGGCCAAAAAAUAGAACACAGGCCUUGCACGGAGCUUGGCAUGUCCUGGACAAUCGAAUGCAACCAGCUGUCUAGAACCUAAAGCAGAAAGUCAGUAGCAGCCAUUGAUUCUACCCAGGCUACAUUAGCCCUGAGGGCACCCGCUGUGAUUCUGUAGUGAAGCCUCUAAGAAACUCAACGUGAGAGGUGGAAAGUCCUUGGAAACUGAAGACCAAGAAGAUGCACAGGGCAAGAGAUUUGGGUGUAGGCAAAAUAUAUACCAGUGACUUGAGACUGAAACAGUGUUUCAAGCAGUGGAGACACUGGGAAACAGCCCUGCACAGUCAGAGUUCAUCAUGCCCUAUCCCAGGGAACAGAGCCCAGGUGCAGCCCGGGGAGGAGCUGCACCACUUCGCCUCAGCUUCUCCGAGGGCCUCCGUGCUCCUUUCAAGCGUUCGCACCGGACCACUUUCUCAGCCCUUAUCCUGUAACAAUCUCCUGGCCUCUGGGGUAGGGGGUUGUUUCCUUCUCAGCAAAGUUCUCAUCUCCAAAGAGAACACUUUCUAAGAAUUAAACCAUGCACUGCGGAAAAACUAAAAAACAAAACAAACAUUUAAAAAAAAAGAGAGAAAAAAACACAAAGCAUAAAUACAAAACAAACAGACUCAUGGACAUAGAAUACAAACUUGUGGUUGCCAAGCGGGCAGAGGGUGGGAAGGGAUAGACUGGGAUUUCAAAAUCGUAGAAUAGAGAAACAAGAUUACACUGUAUAGCAAAGGGAAAUAUAUACAAGAUCUUAUGGUAGCUCACAGAGAAAAAAAUGUGACAAUGAAUAUAUAUAUGUUCAUGUAUAACUGAAAAAUUGUGCUCUACUCUGGAAUUUGAUACAUUGUAAAAUGAUUACAAAUCAAUAAAAAAUGUUAAAAAAAAAAAAAAA